AUGUUGCCGGAAUAUCCCAUCCCGUUGGAUCUGUCCACCCGGAACCAGGAUAACCAAAUCGAUGUUCCACAGGUUCCUCAUGUUCCCGAUGGACCUGUUAAUAAAAGACAAUCAAAGGUCUCCGUGCGUCAAAAAACUAAAGAUUACGAGGAAGGUAAACUAAACGAAUCGGUAUCGUAUGUGCAAAAAGGUGCCAUGACCACGAAUUUUGCUGCAAAACACUUCGGCGUUCCACGCACCACACUGCAAUACCGUCUCAGCACAAAGUGCAAAAACAAGGGUACGACGGGCCCGUACCCAGUGUUUACAACAACGGAGGAACAAGAUAUUGUUUCAUGGUUGCAGACAAUGGAACGGAGGGGCUUUUUUGCACUGAAAUACAAAAUUACAGCAUUUCUGGCGACACAUCCACGAAAAAACCCCUUCAAAGACAAUGUACCAGGUUCGGGCUGGUUCCGAGGUUUUCUAAGACGCCAUCCUCAAUUGACAAUCAGGACGCCUGAACAAGUAACUUCGGCCAGCGCAAAAGUCUCUGAAAAAAAUAUUCGCGAAUGGUUUCAUACCGUGAAGCAAUACCUGAUCGAUCACGGCUUGAUUGAUAUACUUCUGGAUCCUUCACGAGUAUAUAACGGUGACGAAUCAGGGUUCAGAUUGAACCCUACUUCGAAAAACGUCAUUGCUACAGCUGGGGCAAGAAAUGUUCCGAUUGUCGAAACGGGCAACAGCAAAAAGAACAUAACUGUAAUGUUCACAUUCGGUGCUGAUGGCAGCGUUGUCCCACCAGAUGUCAUUCUGGCACAAAAAAGAUUGAGUAAGGAAACUGUUCAAUCUUUUCAAUCAAAUUGGGGAAUCGGACAAUCUGAAAAUGGAUGGAUGGACACCAAGAAUUUUGUGAAAUACGUUACCAAAAUCUUGUUUCCCUUUUUAAUUAAGAGAGGAGUCAAGUUUCCUGUAAUAUUUUUCGUUGAUGGACACAAGUCGCACAUGGCUAUUGAAUCGGCGGACGCUUGUAAGCGUCUCGGUAUUAUUUUGAUUGCUCUCAUACCCAAUGCCACAAGAAUCCUUCAACCAGCCGAUGUUGGCGUUUUUAAGCCACUGAAGACCAGAUGGUUUCAGGUUGUCCAAAAUUGGAAACUGAAUAAUAAAUUCGCCGAAGUCACCGUGAAGGACUUUGGGACGUUGCUGAAAAGUGCCAUGAAAUUGGCACUCACAACAAGCACUAUCAUCACUGCAUUUGCUGCGAGUGGGCUGUAUCCGUUCAAUCCUGACGCGGUCGAUUACACGAAAUGCAUCGCCGAGAGCUAUCAGGACAGUUAUGACGCUCCAGGACCAUCAGAUACAAUUCUGAAUGGCGUCGUUGCUGAAGAGCCACCAAAAGCCGAUCUCGUGGUUCCGUACACUGAGGAUACUGCAACUCCGAAAAUCAUACGAAUCAACUAUGAUUUUUUGCCACAAGAAUUUCUUGCGAAAAUCAUAGUUACGAACUAUGAUUUUGGAUUCAAAGCGCCAACUAUUAUUGUCAUACUAUUACUGUAUAUAUUUCAUAACACUCACUAUCAUCAGUGUACCACUAUGCCGGUGGAGGCUUUGUAUAUGCUGGGACCGGAGAAAGUACAAUUGUAUUCUGAUGAAAAUUCUGAGAAUCUGUCCCACGAAGAUCAAGUGCUUGCGUUCGUUUACAAAAAUAUCCUCCGUUGCUCAAAUAAUGGAUCAGCAGCUUCAGAUGCUGAAAUGACGGUGGACAGUCUGAUGUUGGGUAAGUAAACAAUCAAAUCAAUUUCUGAAAAUCGUACACAUUUCAACAUACCUUUACUUAUUGAUGGUCCUUUCAGACAAAGG